UGCGUACCUGCGCAUGUGUCGCAAGUGAGACGGAAAAGUUUUCUCAAGACGCGCGUAUACGUUGCGUGUACCUCGUCUGCCGGCACGCACAACGUACACGAGCACACAUACUUCGUAUGUCGCUCUCUCCCUCUGUCGUGCGCGCCCUCCCUCUCAGAGGCUCGAGGUUUAACCUAUAAACUCGGCGGCCCUCGACCGCGCGUCCCGUCUUAAGUAGUGCAGUCGGUACGUCGCCGAAGCCGCGCUGUGCAGCCGCCGGCUCGCACGCUCGACCCAGUACCCGUAUAUUAUCAAGCGGCGAGCAUCAGGAAGACCGAGCGUCCUUUUCGGUGGCAGUGUUCAAAGAGUCGUGAUGUAUUGGAGGUUCGGCGGUUCCUGCCCUAAAACCGACCACAAGCUAGUAUCGCCGCAAAAGUCGGUGUGACAAAACGGUGUCGGAGUUCUAAGGAUUUGCCGCAGGAUAAGAGACUUAGUGAUAAGCUCCGAUAGUGUUUAUACAACAAUUGAAUUGUGUACUGUGUUGUUUUGCGUAAGAAGAGGUGAAAAUUAUAUAUUAGGGGGCGUUAUCUGACCGAUGGACAAACGGAAGAUGAUGCCCAAACGCCCACGAAUGGAGAAUCUAAGGGGCCCAAUUACCAAUGGGCCCAUUCAAACAAGACCGUUGGUGGCAUUGCUGGAUGGACGCGAUUGUUCUAUAGAAAUGCCAAUACUUAAAGACGUUGCGACUGUGGCCUUUUGUGAUGCACAGUCUACGUCAGAAAUACACGAAAAGGUAUUGAACGAGGCAGUUGGUGCUCUUAUGUGGCAUACUAUUAUUCUGACCAAGGAAGACCUUGAAAAGUUUAAAACUCUUAGAAUCAUUGUGAGAAUUGGUUCCGGAGUUGACAACAUUGAUGUCAAAGCAGCUGGUGAGCUUGGCAUCGCAGUGUGCAAUGUGCCUGGCUAUGGAGUCGAAGAAGUAGCGGACACCACUCUUUGCCUCAUUUUAAAUCUUUAUAGACGCACAUAUUGGCUGGCAAAUAUGGUUCGCGAAGGCAAAAAAUUCACAGGACCAGAACAGGUGAGAGAAGCAGCCCAAGGAUGUGCUAGGAUACGUGGCGAUACACUUGGAAUUGUAGGAUUAGGUAGGAUCGGUUCUGGCGUUGCUCUGCGUGCAAAGGCUUUUGGUUUUAAUGUUACAUUCUACGAUCCGUACCUUCCUGAUGGAAUAGAAAAAUCACUCGGUCUUACUAGGGUUUAUACACUACAGGAUUUGCUGUUUCAAUCGGACUGUGUAUCUCUACACUGUACCUUAAACGAGCACAAUCAUCAUUUAAUUAACGAGUUCACUAUUAAACAGAUGAGACCAGGAGCAUUUUUAGUAAAUACAGCACGUGGUGGAUUAGUGGAUGACGAUGCUUUGGCUGCUGCGUUAAAACAGGGUAGAAUUCGAGCAGCCGCACUUGACGUCCACGAAAAUGAACCAUACAAUGUCUUUCAGGGUCAGUCUACGCAAUGUCCGCUAAAGGAUGCACCUAAUUUGUUGUGCACGCCUCAUGCUGCAUUCUACAGUGAUGCAAGCUGCACGGAACUUCGUGAAAUGGCUGCGAGUGAAAUACGACGAGCAAUAGUCGGUCGUAUACCAGAUUGUUUGAGAAAUUGCGUCAAUAAAGAAUACUUCCUGUCAAGUACUGGCAGCUAUCCGGAGGGCAUCAACGGCGGCUACUACGCGGGCGCCUUACCGGUGCAGCAGGCCCACUCGACGACCCCGCACGACUCGGCACCCCCACCGCCCGGAGGCCACUCAGUCGCCGGCGGCGGCCCGGGCGGACCCAACUCCUCGGCGGGAGGCGGCGUGGGCCCGACGGGACCCUCGGGCCCAGCCGUGGGCGGCGCCGGUGGCGGCUCCGGGGGUCCCGCGUCUGCCCCACCACCCACCGGACUGCCCGGUCUACCACACAGCAUAGUGAGCGAGCCUGACCCGCGGCCAAGCCCGCCGGCCCCGAGUCCCCGUUGACCCUGAACUAUCCAGUCCAGCAACAACGUCAUCCCCGAGUCUCCAACAGCAGCAUCUCCACUCCAGCGGCGCCGCAAUCAUCCAUACAUAUAACAAUGGCAACAACAGCGACAACGGCAACAGUAGCAACUAUAUCAAUACUAACAUCAGCAACUAGCGUCAGCGUCUGCAACUAUUAUAGC